GGACCAUCAACCUGGAAAGUGCCAUCGCUUCAUCGAUUCCCUCCCAUGGGUCACACGAAACAGCAAGGGCCGCUGGUGGGAAAUGGAAACAUGAUGUGCAAGUCUCUAACAUGAAUUGUAUGUAAAUGCCCGCGUAGUCUGUUAGUCGUCUAGCGGCUUAUCGUCGCUCUCGCCAUCGUCCACAUCACACAUCCGCACCCGCCAGCAGCUGCGCCUCUCCACUUCUGCCACUUUAACAAGGCCAGGGUCGACCUCCAACUCACCUGCAACAACCCGCACCACCCAUAAGUAACCUCCGACCGACAUCUCUCUUCCCGUCUUCUUUCUCUUUCCCCAUCCACUGUUGCUCUCCACCACAACCCGUGCUUCUUGUCCCAUCAUCACCAACCAUCUAUCAUCGAAAUCCGUCGACAGUCUUUCGUUACACGCUCGUUCUUGUCACUACAGUGCUCACGAUGAAGGGCGCUUUGUUGACGGCAGCUAUGCUGCUCGGCUCGGCUCAGGCCGGAGUGCACACGAUGAAGCUCAAGAAGGUUCCACUUGCGGAGCAGCUUGAGUCUGUUCCCAUCGACGUGCAGGUGCAGCACCUCGGACAGAAGUACACUGGUCUCAGGCCCGAGUCCCAUAGCCAGGCUAUGUUCAAGGCCACUGAUGCUCAGGUUACCGGCAACCAUCCGGUUCCCAUCUCCAACUUUAUGAACGCUCAGUACUUCUCCGAGAUCACCCUCGGAACGCCACCCCAGACCUUCAAGGUAGUUCUGGAUACCGGCAGCUCCAACCUCUGGGUUCCCUCCUCCCAGUGCGGCUCCAUCGCCUGCUACCUCCACAACAAGUACGAGUCUUCCGAGUCGUCGACAUACAAGAAGAACGGCACGAGCUUUGAGAUUCAGUAUGGCUCUGGUAGUCUCAGCGGCUUCGUCUCUCAGGACAGAAUGACCAUUGGUGACAUUACCAUCAACGACCAGCUCUUUGCCGAGGCGACCAGCGAGCCCGGCCUGGCUUUCGCCUUUGGUCGCUUUGAUGGCAUUCUCGGUCUCGGCUACUCGAGGAUCGCUGUGAAUGGCAUCACCCCUCCUUUCUACAAGAUGGUUGAGCAGAAGCUCGUUGAUGAGCCCGUCUUCUCUUUCUAUCUCGCUGACCAGGACGGCGAGUCCGAGGUUGUGUUUGGCGGUGUCAACAAUAAGAAGUACACUGGCAAGAUCACCAAGAUCCCUCUCCGCCGCAAGGCCUACUGGGAGGUGGACUUCGAUGCCAUUGGCUAUGGCGAUGAUGUUGCGGACCUUGAGGGCCACGGUGUUAUCCUCGACACCGGUACCUCUCUCAUCGCUCUCCCCAGCCAGCUCGCUGAGAUGCUGAACGCUCAGAUCGGUGCCAAGAAGAGCUGGAACGGUCAGUUCACCAUCGACUGCGGCAAGAAGUCGAGCCUCAAGGAAGUAACGUUCACGCUUGCUGGCUACAACUUUACCCUCGGCCCCGAGGACUACAUCCUGGAGGCUUCUGGCAGCUGCUUGUCGACCUUUAUGGGUAUGGAUAUGCCCGCUCCGGUUGGUCCCUUGGCUAUCCUCGGUGAUGCUUUCCUCCGCAAGUACUACACAAUCUACGACCUCGGAGCCGAUGCUGUCGGCAUCGCCCUCGCCAAGCGCUAAAUAGCCUUGAGGGACGAAGUUUGGGUAACCUGAAGUUGGGGAGCAGGAGUUAACGAGAUUGUCACGUUCAAGUAUCACGUUCAAGUAGUUCUUAAUGACUGUAUGAUGAUGGGAGGGCGCUGCGGGAUUGGGUUUGUUUCUUUUGUGCAGUAUAAUAGCAGUAUCGGUAUUUAGGACCAAUGGCUCAUUGAAGUCAACUUGCACCAACAAGACAUAUUUGUUCAAUGUCUCUGUGAUUGUUGCUACUGCCAAGGCUGGAUUGAGGAUGUGACA